UUCUCUUCUCUUCUCUUCUCUUCUCUUCUCUUCUCUUCUCUUCUCUUCUCUUCUCUUCUCUUCUCUUCUCUUCUCUUCUCUUCUCUUCUCUUCUCUUCUCUUCAGUAUUUUUGAUCUAACAUGUAAAAAAAAAAAAAAAAAAAAGAAAGAAAAAAGAAAGAAAAAUGCGCAAAAAUAUAAAUCUCAAAUGGCAAUUAAUAUAAAAUUGUUUUUAACAAUUUGCCAUAUAUCGAAUUUUGGAUUACAAGCUGAUCUGAUUUAAAUAUGGGAGAAAGGGGCUAAUUGUCACAUGGGGAAGUAGUCAUGAGAACUGUUAUCUCAGUCAGCAGCUAUGAGGGUUUGAGUCACAAAUCCAAUUACAUACAAGUUUUGACAGUAAGUUUGUACUGUAUUGUUGCUUUCCAACAACAUCCAAAACCCUCUUAAACUGAAUUCAAUUGUAGAUGUACAAAAAUGUAUUACGUACCAUGUUUGAUGGUCAAAACAAUGGCAUUUUUGAAAGUUACUUUUUAUGUUUAUGCUGUUAUACGAAUUGCUGAGUUUCAUAAUUAUUUUACUAUAAUAAAAGCUUUUAAUAGGCAGUUUAAUGGCAGGUUCUUUUGAGAAACUUACAAUAAAAUAAUGUGAACAUGCCUCAAAGUUGGGUUUAGUUAACUGCAUCUUCAUUAGAAUUAAAAUAUACAGUACUUUUUGUAGACUGCACGUAAAGCAGCUGUAUAUAGUUCUGUGUAUUGUGACCUUUCAGCCCCCUAUAGUUAAGUGAGUGAAAUUCACUGUUUUAAGUAAAGUUGUACUGUACAUGUGCAUUAUAACUGCAUUAAAGCAAUAUGCCCUUUCCCCCCUCACCAAACUAAAAUAUUCAGAACACAUAUUUAGGAGGAGCGUGGGAAAGAGAAGCCAUUCACCUUAUUAGAAGUCAGGGUACCAACAGAAUGCUUUUGAAACUGAUAUUUCAAGGUUAUAAAAUGCACAUAAUGUUGCUUUAAAGCUUGAAGAAUGGUCACGGACAGUGAGGGAGAUUUACGUGACGGAAAAGAUAAUACACAGUUGAAGACUCCUAUAGAAAAUUUCUUCUGUGGCCAGUGGAGCUCUUCUGUACGUCUUGAUGACAAAACAGUCAUAAUCACAGGAGCUAACACAGGCAUUGGCAAAGAGACAGUGAGAGACCUUGCAAAAAGAGGGGCUCGGGUCAUCAUGGCCUGUCGAGACCUGGAAAAGGCAGAGGAAGCCAGAAAAGAAUUAAUGGAGGAUUCUGGAAACCAAAACAUUGUGGCGAACAGACUUGAUUUAUCAGAUACCAAAUCCAUCAGAGAAUUUGCAGAACUCAUAAACAAGGAGGAAAAGCAAGUCAACAUCCUGAUCAACAAUGCUGGAAUUAUGAUGUGUCCAUAUUCAAAAACUGCUGAUGGCUUUGAGAUGCAGUUUGGUGUAAACCAUUUAGGUCAUUUUCUGCUCACCUACCUUCUGCUUGACCUCCUAAAGAAAUCAGCCCCCUCCAGGAUCAUCAACGUGGCUUCUGUGGCCCAUACAUGGGGCAGCAUCCAUCUGGAUGACAUAAACAGCGAGAAGGGUUACUCUCCACGGAGGGCUUAUGGCCAGAGCAAACUAGCUAACAUCCUCUGCACACGCUCCUUAGCUAAAAGACUGCAGGGCAGUGGUGUGACUGUGUACUCCCUCCAUCCCGGUGUAGUGCAGUCAGAGCUGUUUAGGAACCUCAGCAAGCCUGUGCAGAUAGCAGUCAAGGUCUUUAGCCCCUUCACCAAGACCACCAUCCAGGGGGCCCAGACCACCAUCUACUGUGCUGUGGAGCCCAAGCUGGACAACGAGAGUGGAGGAUAUUACAGCGACUGUGCUCCAGCACUGUGUUCAAGAGACGCUUUAGAUGAUGAAAUGGCUCAGAAACUCUGGGAACUCAGCUGUCAGAUGCUUGGCAUUACAUGGGACUGAUGGAGCGCUCCUCUCAGUGACACUCUUAUAACAACGGAAUGAAAGCUUUUGGACUAAUGCCGUAGAUAAUGGAAACUGUAGUAUUCAUACAGUGCAUGACUGAAUCAAAACUAUAUGUUUUAUAUUGUACAUUGAAUACUCUUUUUUUAAUACCCUUGCUAUGCUGUUAUUAUAUCAAUAGACAUAGUGAACUGUUAUGAAUUCAAAUGUAUGUUGGUCUAUUAAAUCCUUUUAUCUUA